AUGAUGGCGUCCGAGCCGUGGGAUGUGCAUGUCCAUCGCACGACCGAGCAGCUGGCAAAGACGACAGAUGCCACGAAGCGUGCCUAUAUUUAUCUGAGACGCGCACAUUUGUAUGCUCAGGCGUCCGAUAUUAAGCAGUCAUUAGCGGAUCUUCGCCGGUGCCUGCGAUUAGCCCCGAGUCAGACUGAGAUCUUAAUGCAGUCGGCGCAGGUCUUUGAAAAGCUCGGAUACCAUGACAAAGGAGAGCGCCUCAGGGUCAUGGCUCGUGCCAGAGAGGUGGCUGAGCCUGUCUCAACAGCCAUGUCUCGUAUACCCAUGGAGCUUCUGAUCCGCGUGCUCCGCCUUCUCCCUUUUGUGUCGCUGGUCCAGUGCCGAGGUGUAUGCCAACGAUGGAACGAAAGCAUUAUCAAACACUCUGUCUUCUGGCAAGCGGUGUACAUUCGUGCCCCACCACCGCAGAUGGCGGCGGAGACUGCCGCGCACUAUCAAAAAAAAGCCUUCCUCACCUUUCUCCGACGCGGUGGCUCCUCUGUCCGUUCUGUAUCAAUCAAGAGGCCUUUGUCGCAUCUGAAAAACUUGCCAGAUACUCUCGCAAGGAUACCACUGACUUCUUUCGCAGUCGAGAGCCAGUAUGCUCCUCGGUGGUUUGUAUGGGCUCUACAACAGACGCACCUACGUACUCUGUGCCUACGUUCAUCGGUGCCUGACCUGCUUCCUGCGCCAGGCUCUUCUGCCUGCCAACUGCAGAGUCUGACGCUAGAGCGCGUCACAAUGUCAGUCGCAGAUACCCCGCUGCUCCGCGCGUGUGAUGCACUCGCGCACUUUGUGUAUGACAUGGGCGACGCGCUCCAUGCGACAGAGCACAUGCGUACCAAGUACGGCACACCUCCUAGCCUCUUGGUUCAGCAUGCGCAUGCGACACUGGAGCAUAUUGAAUUGCGUGGCAAAGCCGCGUGGCAUAUUCAGUGUCCUCCUCCUCAUACGACGCAGGAGCCUGUGUCCUACCCUCAUCUGCGCCACUUUCACGCGCCACUAGCCUUGUUGGGUCGCGUGGCAUUAUGGCCUGCCCUCGAUUCGUUCGAAGUGUCUAUACCUGAUGAUGCUGCUUUGCGCGAGCAGGCGGAUCUCUUGGCGCUUACGCAGGCCAUGUGCGCCUCCCUCGAGGUGCUUCGAUUGCGCAUCGGCACCAACUCAGAUACCCGCUUAGCGUGCACGAUCCUCGAGUCAUGCUCGCGGAUCCACACGCUCCAUGUGGUCCUGGAUGCGUAUGGCCCCACGCCUCCUGAUCUUUUGUGGCCGACAUGGGAUGCGGCGCUGGCUCAGCCUCUCACGCCAUCUCUGCUUUUGCAGAUGCUUACGCCGGGCGCCCUAGCGAAUAGCGCUUCACACGUGCGCGUUUGUUGUCCGCGUCUUCGGCGUCUUGACGUCCAAGACGCCAAUACUAUACGAGGCCGUGAACUUUUGCAUCUCGUGCAUGUGCGCGCAGGUCUCGCACAGCAGCAAACCCUGGCCGACGCGUGGCGUGCUGUCUCUCGAGAAGCACGUCCUGAUACCCUGGUGGCCUGUGAGGCGCUUGAGUAUCUGGACAUUGACUUGUGUGCCCACGUCCCCGAGUCCGUCGUCGACUUUGUACGGCAGCGCGUCCCGCACACAGUUUGGCACGGCUAUUCGCGGCACCGCUUAGACUUUUUUGGGACACGCGAGCGCACGUUUCGUGCGCGUUUUACAUAG